UUUCUUGAAAUUUUGAUAAAAAGCACUAUUUUUCCUUCCGGUCGAUAGCUUUACGGUCAGAAGAUGGGAGGCGCCGCGUGCAUCAGUGGCUGAAACAGUGCUGUCUUGUAAUGUACUGGAAUCUCGGAUAAUACAAUUGAGGGAGUUUUUGUCAUCCGUAGGUGAGUUACGUCUCUUGCCGAUUUUGAAAUUUCAAUACCCAAUGUUUUAUUUUCUUUGCAAAACUGUUCUUCAUGGGAGGAUGCAUAGUGUAACAACUCUUCGAAACUACCCACCAUUGAUGUUAUCUCUCAGAUGCAUCUCAGCCUCUUCAGAUCAAAAAUCUUUUACCGUCUCAUAUCUCAUUGAAACAUGUGGGUUUUCCAAAGAAUCAGCUUUAACUGCCGCAAAACAUGUUUAUUUUAGAACUCCAGAAAAUCCUGAUUCUGUCAUCGCCUUCUUCAAGAAACAAGGCUUCUCGAAAACCCAAAUCACUACAGUGAUCAAGAAACGUCCACAAGUGCUUAUAUGUAAGGUUGAGAAAACACUUUUGCCCAAAAUUGAAUUUUUUCGCUUUAAAGGCGUUUCAAGCUCUGAUCUACUUAGAAUCUUCACUGCUUACUCUACUAUUUUGGUAACUAGUUUAGAGAAACAAAUUAUCCCUGCUUUUAAUUUCAUUAGUAAUCUUCUUGAAUCUGAUGAGGAUACUGUUUAUGCUAUCAAACGUCUCCCUCGAUUAAUCUCCUAUGAUGUUGAAAGUUAUGUUUUGCCUAAUAUUAAUGUUUUGAGAAAUAUUGGAGUGCCCCAAUCAUAUAUUAUUUUGAUGUUUCGUAUGCAACCUCAAACAUUAUUGAGAUCUCCAGCUAAGUUUAUGGAGAGUGUGGAGACAGUGAAGAAGAUGGGAUUUAAUCCUAUGAAUAAGAGUUAUCUUGCAGCUCUCUUUGUAUAUACUUCAAUGUCCAAAUCCACAUGGGAAAAGAAGUUUGAUACUUAUAGGAUGUGGGGCUGGUCUGAGGAAGAGAUUUUUAAAGCUUUUCGCAAUCAACCCAAUUGUAUGGUUACAUCUGAGGAAAAAAUUAUGACAAUGAUGCAUUUUCUUGUGAACAAAAUGAGUUUUAAGUCUUCUGCUAUUGCCAAACACCCUCGUAUUCUGAUGUCAAGUUUGGAAAAGAAAAUUCUCCCAAGAGGUUUGUUUGCUCAAGAUCUGCUGUUGUCAAAAGGAUUUGUCAAGAACUUUAACUUGAGAUCAUUGUUUCUGAGUUCAGAGAAAGUGUUUCUCAACAAGUUUAUCAACUGCUAUGGGGCAGAAGCUCCUAAGCUGUUACAGCUAUAUCAAGAAAAAUUGGAUCUUUCAAGUAAGUGGAAAUCGGAUAUGAAGGCUUCAACUUUUGUGAAAUCUUGACAUUAAGAUUCAAAUCGUCUUUUUUAUGUUAAUUUGAUUGAGUUGACUUCUGUAAUUUUGAAAUUAUUUUCAGUUUAAAGUCAUCAAUGCUGUCAGUUCAAUGUUUUUUCUCCUGUCCUUUUCUGCCAUUCAUAAAACUUGAAUGAAAGUACUUGCUCUUAC